UGCAGACUGGGCGUCGGUAGCGGUGGGGGGUCGGCCCGUUACUAACCACUGCACCGCGCAGGAGCUCUGGCAACAACCACAACGGAGGAUUGGAGCAUAGCAAUACUGCCAGCGAAAUAACAACAGAGAAAGAUAGCUGUCUGAAUACAAGGAUGGCAGUGAAUGUGCACGCUACGUCUGUGUCCUGUGACACCCUGAGCCGACAUGACAUGCUGGCCUGGCUCAACGACUCCCUGCACCUCACCUACACCAAGAUAGAACAGCUCUGCUCGGGGGCAGCGUACUGUCAGUUCAUGGACAUGCUGUUUCCAGGCUGUGUCCUUCUAAAGAAGGUCAAGUUCCAGGCCAAGCUGGAACACGAGUUCAUACACAACUUCAAGGUUCUCCAGGCUGCCUUCAAGAGGAUGGGCGUUGACAAAAUAAUUCCCGUGGAGAAGCUGGUAAAAGGAAAGUUCCAGGAUAACUUUGAGUUUGUGCAGUGGUUCAAGAAAUUCUUUGACGCCAACUAUGAUGGGAAGGAGUACGACCCUCUACAGGCCAGACAGGGACAAGAUGUGAACCCCGCCCCCAAUCCAGGCCCCCAGAGGCACUCGCCCACGGUGCCCAAGAUCCUACCCACGCCCCAGAGGGUGCUGAACACCACUGUGCAUGUGAGGAAGGCCCCGGCCCUGGCACGGAACGGGGGCACCGACGCGGAACUCUUGGAGCUAAAUCAACAGUUGAUGGAGCUGAAGUUAACAGUGGACGGACUAGAGAAGGAGAGAGAUUUCUACUUCAGUAAGCUGAGAGACAUUGAGCUGAUCUGUCAGGAACACGAGAGUGACACCAAUCCUCACCUCUCCAGGAUCAUGGACAUUCUCUACGCCACAGAGGACGGCUUUGCUGCUCCAGAUGAUGACGAGAUUGAUGGACAGGCCCACUUGGACCAGGAUGAAUACUGAGUCUCUAAUACCUUCUGUCUGCCACAUCCCCCUCUCCCUCCUCUAAUACCUUCUGUUUGUCCACAUCCCCCUCUCCCUCCUCUAAUACCUUCUGUCUGCCACAUCCCCCUCUCCCUCCUCUAAUACCUUCUGUUUGUCCACAUCCCCCUCUCCCUCCUCUAAUACCUUCUGUUUGUCCACAUCCCCCUCUCCCUCCUCUAAUACCUUCUGUCUGCCACAUCCCCCUCUCCCUCCUCUAAUACCUUCUGUCUGCCACAUCCCCCUCUCCCUCCUCCAAUACCUUCUCUCCAUCCACAUCCCCCUCUCCCUCCUCUAAUACCUUCUGUUUGUCCACAUCCCCCUCUCCCUCCUCUAAAUCCUUCUCUCCAUCCAUAUUCUCUCUCACUCUCUGUCUCUCUCUCUGUCUCUGUCUCUCUGUCUCUGCCUCUCUUUGCCUCUCCCUCUCUUUUGCCCCUCUCUUGUUCUUGUUCUAUCUCUUUUCCUCUCUUCCUCUCUUUUCAUAUGUAUAUAUGUGUGUCUCCUCCUUCCCCCUCGGCUAUGUACUGUACAUACACCAUUACAUCUCAGUGUCAUAAGCUACCCCUCCCUCCCCCCCAAUGACACAGUAGCAGCAACAAUAACAGAACAUAUCCUAGUCGUUCAAGCAUGGUACAUAGUAUAACACAGAAUAAUGACCCAAACCAAGGUGAUAUUAAUGGGGGUGUUAGGCCUGCAUAAUUCAUUCAGAGUUGUAAAUAUGACAAAAAAGGAAUGAUUUUGAAAUAAGGUAGAUGUCUGAAUGCAUUUGUUUGUUUGUCUUUUUGUUUGACUCGCGCUUUUUCUAAAAACUAAUUUUGGUUCUAUUCCGGAGCGUAGAAAGCACCUUGUGCAUGUUACUGUAUUACAGGUUACCACAAGUCCUAAAGUAGACUAACAAAAUCACCUAUGACAACAAAUUAUAAUUCAUUCGUUUUUACUUUCUUAUUUAUUGAUUUGGAUUUUAACUACUAUCGGUACAAUAAUUGGUGCAAAAUGUAUGUAAAUUAAACAAUACUGUAAUGUAUGCUCAUGGUAGUGAAAAGGCUUAAGCUUUUUAUUUCAGUUGAUGGCAUGUAGUAACGUGCAUUAAAGAAAGAAAAUGCAUUAAAGAAAGUGGUCCAGAAAUAAUAAUUUAGGUAUAGGAUAUGACCAAUGCUCUUUGACUGUACUCAUUCUGGAUUAGCUGUAUUUGAACAUGAGAAUGUCAUAAAUUAACAGGGAAUGGGCGAUAUAUUCAUAAACUAAUUUAUGUGGAGAUUUUAUCUUCAAUUAGAAGUGUCUGGGUACAUGCCAUGGUAUUUAUUAUGUAUAAUAAGUUUUAAAUUAAUUUGGUAUUAACAAUACCUGAGUUACUAUGUAAGCUGACUAUGGCAGCAAAUUGUUUUUUUAAUUUAACUGUAAAAAUGUGUUGUUUAAAAGAGCCUGAAAACAAUGAUUUACUUUGAUUUGAUCAUAUCACAUUUCUGCUGCUAAUUUUGCUGUGUUUCUACUUUUGGUUUGCUAUAAUAUAUUGCUCAGCUGUAAUGAGUCGUCUUACUAAUUUCAUGUUGAGUUUAGAGAACGAUGAAGUCAGGAGUUUGCGUCCCAAAUCAAGUUUAAGUUUUAGUAGAGUGAAAUACUUAACUUGUGUGCUGUAUCCAACAGUGCAGUAAUCAAACACUAAGAAAUAAGAGAGGAAGCUAUAUACAGGGUCAGUGCUAAUACCAAAUGUACAAUGUGCAGGGAUACUUGGAGUAUUUGAGGUAGAUAUGUACAUAUACUGUAGGCAGGGAAUAGGAGAAAGUGACUGGUAGCUGGAUAAAGAAUAAUAAUAUAUCAAAAGUAGAGCCCUAAAUAGGGAAUAGUGUGCCGUUUGGGAUGCACUGAGUUAGUUAGGGGUCUAUGACCAGUUCAAAAUGGUGCUGGUCAUCAUGAGCAUCAUAAGGAAUAGAACUCCUUUGCCCUGUACUACUGCCUUUUCAAUGCAAACCUACAGCCAUCUGCAAUAGAAUCUGACCUGCAUUCUCUCACGUGCUUUGACUGUCUGCAUAACUCUCAUCUCUUUGAGUUUUAUUAAGUAAAUAAACAAACGAUUGUGAAAUAAA